AAAACAGUUCAGUUUAUCAUUUUUUUUGCUAUUCUUCCGAGUUAUUUGUUAUCCCACAUCCCCCACUUCUUUUCACCUGAGUACUAUAAAACACAGCACCGGAGAAAAAGAGUAUCUUCAUGACCACCAAACGACACUAGUUUAUGCGUUUCAUGCUUUGCUUCUGAAGAAAAAACAGAGAAACAUCAUGGCCGUUUCCUUCCUACCUUAUUGUCUCAUUCUUUCUUUCUUCUCAGCCAUUUCCAUUACACAAGCAAGUUCGGGAAUGAUCGGUGUCAACUACGGUCGAAUAGCUAACAAUCUCCCGUCACCGGAGAACGUAGUGAACCUCCUCAAAUCACAAGGAAUCAACCGCAUCAAAAUCUACGACACAGACAACAACGUGCUAACCGCGCUCGCACACUCCGGAAUCAAAGUAGUCGUUACUCUCCCCAACGAGCUUCUCUCUCGCGCCGCGUCCCACCAAUCAUUCGCCGACAAAUGGGUCCAACACAACAUCAGAAAACACUUCCCCGCGACGGAGAUAGAGGCGAUCGCCGUCGGUAACGAGGUCUUCGUCGACCCCAAGAACACGACUCCUUACCUCGUCACCGCGAUGAAGAACAUUCACACCUCUCUCGUCAAGUAUAACCUCGACAAGUCGAUCAAGAUCUCGUCCCCGAUCGCUCUCAGCGCGCUGGCUAACUCCUACCCGCCUUCUUCCGGUUCAUUUAAACAGGAAUUGGUCGAACCGGUUAUUAAACCGAUGCUUGAUCUGCUUUGUAAAACGUCGUCGUAUCUUAUGGUGAACGUUUACCCGUUCUUCGCCUACUCGGGGAACGCGGAUAAAAUCUCCUUGGACUACGCUCUCUUCGGAGAUAACGCCGGGACUGUUGACUCGUCCAACGGGCUGAGAUACGACAGCCUCUUCGACGCUCAGCUCGACGCCGUUUACGCAGCCAUGUCCGCCGUCGGAUUUAACGACGUCAGAGUGAUGGUGACGGAGACGGGCUGGCCUUCCGCCGGAGACGAGAACGAGAUCGGCGCGAGCCGAUCCAACGCGGCGGCGUACAAUCUAGGACUCGUGAAGAGAGUGUUAAGCGGUAACGGAACGCCGUUAAGACCGAAGGAGCCGCUCAACGUCUUUUUGUUCGCUCUGUUUAACGAAAACCAGAAACCGGGACCCACCUCGGAGAGGAACUACGGGUUGUUUUACCCGAACGAGGGAAAAGUGUACGACGUUCCGUUCGCCGCCGCAGCCAACGGUGACAGAGACCAGGGCGAGGGACAGUUACAGACGUGGUGCGUGUCGAGAGGAGACGCGGCGAAGGAAAAGCUCCAGGCAGCUCUCGAUUACGCCUGCGGGGAAGGAGGAGCUGACUGCCGUCCGAUCCAGCCUGGUGCCACGUGUUAUCAUCCGAAGUCGUUGGAAGCGCACGCUUCGUUCGCGUUUAACAGUUACUACCAGAAAAACGCACGUCGUGUUGGCACGUGCUAUUUCGGUGGGACUGCUCACGUGGUCACGCAACAUCCUCGAUACGGGAAAUGCAAGUUUCCCACAGAACAUUGAGGCGAAUUCAGUUUGCGGCUUUCUGACUAAUUUUUAUAGUACUUUAAUUUGUUAGUUUGUUUGCUAUUCUGAAAUAUAUUUUGUUGACUGCAUAGAACACAUAUUUAUCACCAGAUGAACAUAAUAUUCCAAUCUUCAUCAAGUUAGUUA